AUGUUACUCCUCAAGGAGCUAGAAAAAGAAGAGCAAAGAGGUGCAGCCAUGAAAGCCGGUGUGAAAGAGGGCGACCGGAUCAUCAAAGUGAAUGGCACCAUGGUGACCAAUAGCUCACACCUGGAGGUGGUGAAGCUUAUCAAAUCUGGUGCCUAUGUUGCACUGACUCUCCUGGGCUCUUCACCCUCGUCUGUCGGUGUCUCUGGACUCCAGCAGGACCCAGCCCCAGCAGGAGCUCCCCGAGUCACCCCUGUGAUCCCACCACCACCACCUCCUCCACCUCUGCCACCUCCACAGCGCAUCACAAGACCCAAACCUCUGCAGGAUCCUGAAGUUCAAAAACAUGCUACUCAGAUCCUUAGAAAUAUGCUGAGGCAGGAGGAGAAAGAGUUACAGCGUAUCUGUGAGGUGUAUAGCCGGAACCCUGCCAGCCUGUUGGAAGAGCAAAUUGAAGGUGCCCGGCGGCGAGUCAGUCAGUUACAGCUGAAGAUCCAGCAGGAGACUGGUGGCUUAGUGGACAUACUUCCAUUGUAUAGUGACACCACCCAGAGAUCAUCAGAAGGCCGUCUCUCUCUCGAUUCCCAGGAGGGGGACAGUGGCUUGGACUCUGGACCAGAACGCUUUCCUUCCCUCAGUGAAUCAUUGAUGAAUCGGAACUCGGUACUCUCAGACCCUGGGCUGGACAGCCCGCGAACCUCACCUGUGAUCGUGGCCAGAAUGGCUCAGCACCAUAGGCGGCAAGGCUCAGAUGCACCAAUCCCCCCUACCAGCGACCAGGGCGUAGAUCAAAGCCCAAAGCCUUUAAUUAUUGGCCCAGAGGAAGAUUAUGACCCGGGUUAUUUCAACAACGAGAGUGACAUCAUAUUCCAGGAUCUUGAAAAACUGAAGUCACGUCCAGCUCACUUGGGAGUUUUUCUACGUUACAUCUUCUCUCAGGCGGACCCCAGUCCACUGCUUUUUUACUUGUGUGCAGAAGUUUAUCAGCAGACAAACCCCAAAGAUUCCCGAAGCUUGGGGAAAGACAUCUGGAAUAUUUUCCUAGAGAAAAAUGCGCCUCUGCGAGUGAAGAUCCCUGAGAUGUUACAGGCUGAAAUUGACUUGCGCCUGCGAAACAAUGAGGACAUCCGCAGCAUCCUUUGUGAAGCUCAGGAGGCAGCCAUGCCAGAGAUCCAGGAGCAGAUCCACGACUACAGAACAAAGCGCACUCUGGGGCUGGGCAGCCUGUACGGUGAAAACGACCUGCUGGACCUGGAUGGGGACCCUCUACGAGAACGCCAUGUGGCCGAGAAGCAGCUGGCUGCCCUUGGAGAUAUUUUGUCCAAGUACGAGGAAGACAGGAGUGCCCCCAUGGACUUUGCCCUCAAUACCUACAUGAACCAUGCUGGGAUCCGUCUUCGAGAGGCACGACCUUCCAACCCAGCUGAAAAGGCCCAGUCUGCUCCUGACAAGGACAAGUGGCUACCUUUCUUCCCUAAGACCAAGAAGAGCAGCAAUUCCAAGAAGGAAAAGGAUGCCUUGGAGGACAAGAAGAGAAACCCCAUUCUCAAAUACAUUGGGAAGCCCAAAAAUUCUUCCCAGAGCACAUUUCAUAUUCCCUUGUCCCCUGUGGAAGUUAAACCAGGUAAUGUGAGGAAUAUCAUUCAGCAUUUUGAGAACAACCAGCAGUAUGAGGCCCCAGAGCCUGGGACACAGCGGCUCUCGACGGGAAGUUUUCCUGAGGACCUCCUGGAGAGCGACAGUUCCCGCUCAGAAAUCCGCCUGGGCCGCUCUGAGAGCCUAAAGGGCCGAGAAGAGAUGAAGCGGUCUCGGAAGGCAGAGAACGUGCCCCGCUCUCGCAGUGACGUUGACAUGGACGCUGCUGCUGAGGCUACUCGCCUCCACCAGUCAGCCUCAUCCUCUGCUUCCAGCCUUUCUACCAGGUCUCUUGAGAACCCAACCCCUCCGUUCACACCCAAAAUGGGCCACAGGAGCAUUGAGUCCCCAAGCUUGGGGUUCUGCACAGAUGCCCUCCUUCCCCACCUCCUAGAGGAUGAUCUGGGCCAGCUGUCUGACCUGGAGCCAGAACCAGAUGCCCAAAACUGGCAGCAUACCGUAGGCAAGGAUGUUGUGGCUGGGCUAAGCCAGAGGGAGAUUGACCGGCAGGAGGUCAUCAACGAACUGUUUGUGACCGAAGCUUCCCAUCUGCGAACACUUCGUGUCCUGGACCUGAUCUUCUACCAGCGGAUGAAGAAGGAGAACCUGAUGCCCCGGGAGGAGCUAGGCCGGCUCUUUCCUAACCUGCCUGAACUCAUAGAGAUCCACAAUUCCUGGUGUGAAGCAAUGAAGAAGCUCCGGGAGGAGGGCCCCAUCAUCAAAGAAAUCAGUGACCUCAUGCUGGCACGGUUUGAUGGUCCUGCCCGAGAGGAACUCCAGCAGGUGGCUGCUCAGUUCUGUUCCUAUCAGUCAAUAGCCCUGGAGCUGAUCAAGACCAAACAGCGCAAGGAGAGCCGCUUCCAGCUCUUCAUGCAGGAGGCUGAGAGCCACCCCCAGUGCCGGAGGCUGCAGCUUAGAGACCUCAUCAUUUCAGAGAUGCAGCGGCUCACCAAGUAUCCGCUGCUGCUGGAGAACAUCAUCAAGCAUACCGAGGGUGGUACCUCUGAGCAUGAGAAGCUCUGUCGGGCCCGGGAUCAGUGCCGGGAAAUUCUCAAGUAUGUGAAUGAAGCCGUGAAGCAGACAGAGAACCGGCACCGUUUGGAAAGCUACCAGAAACGUCUGGAUACCACCUCCUUAGAGAGGGCCAGCAACCCACUGGCAGUAGAAUUCAAGAGCCUGGAUCUUACAACCAGAAAGAUGAUCCAUGAGGGCCCCCUGACCUGGAGGAUCAGCAAGGAUAAGACCUUGGACCUCCAUGUACUGCUGCUGGAGGAUCUCCUGGUGCUGCUACAAAAACAGGACGAGAAGCUACUGCUGAAAUGCCACAGUAAGACAGCCGUGGGUUCCUCAGACAGCAAGCAGACCUUCAGCCCCGUACUCAAGCUCAAUGCUGUGCUCAUCCGCUCUGUGGCCACAGAUAAACGGGCCUUCUUCAUCAUCUGCACCUCCGAGUUGGGCCCACCCCAGAUUUAUGAGCUGGUUGCAUUGACAUCAUCAGACAAGAACACAUGGAUGGAGCUCUUAGAAGAGGCUGUGCGGAACGCCACCAGGCACCCCGGAGUGGCCCCAAUGCCUGUCCAUCCCCCACCCCCAGGCCCCCAGGAGUCAGCCCACCAGAGCCCGGCACCCAGCAGGGUAGGACUGGAUGACUCAGAAGUGUUCCACAGAACUUGUUCAGAACCAGAACCUGAGGAACUGCCUGGAGGCACUGGGCCCCAGCAGAGGGUCAGAGGCAAGCACCCAGUACUGCUGGAGGAUCCUGAGCAGGAAGGCAGUGGUGAGGAAGAGGAGCUGGGGGCCCUUCCACACCCUCCCUCACCCCUGGAUGGAGAGAACACAGUCAUCAGGACAAGGGACCCCAUUCACCUGCCCCUCCCAGGCCCUCUGUUUAUGGAAGGACUCGCUGAGUCAGCCCUAGAAGAUGUGGAGAACCUGCGGCACCUGAUCCUGUGGAGCCUGCUGCCGAGUCAUACCACGGAACUACAGGCCACUGGGGAGGCCGAGGAUGACCUGACACCCACCCCGUCUGUCAUCAGCAUCACUUCUCACCCAUGGGACCCAGGCUCUGCAGGGCGGGCCCCCACUGGGGGUGAAAGGGACAACACUCAGCUCCCCCAGCUGGAAAGUGGCCAGCCAGAGCUGGAGGACAUGACUCUCUGUUCUCUGGAACACUUGCCCCCAAGAACCAGAAAUUCUGGGGUCUGGGAGUCUCCCGAGUUGGACAGGAACCCAGCUGAAGCAAGCACAGAGGCAGCAGGAAGUUACAAAGUUGUAAGAAAAGCUGAGGUAGCAGGCAGCAAGGUUGUCCCUGCACUACCAGAGAGUGCCCAGUCAGAGCCUGAGCCACCUGACGUGGAAGGCGGAGCAAAGGCUGCGGGGAACUGUUUUUACGUCAGCAUGCCAACAGCAGCCUUAGUCUCAAGCGCUGACCCUUCAGAGGUACCCACCAGCUCCACUCCGCCUGACAGCCUCCCUACCUGCCAGACAGAGCCUCGUCCCCAGCUGCAGGGAAGCAAUGGAGAUCAAAGACGUCCUAACCGCUCUUCCCCCAGCCUGGCCCUCAGGGACGUGGGCAUGAUCUUCCGUACCAUUGAGCAGCUCACUCUUAAGCUCAACAGGCUCAAGGACAUGGAGCUGGCCCACAGAGAGUUGCUGAAGUCCUUUGGUGGAGAGUCAUCUGGUGGCACAACACCCGUGGGCAGUUUGCACACAGAGGCAGCAAGGUGGACAGACAGUUCCCUUUCACCACUAGCCAAGGAGCCUCUGGUCUCUGACUGCAGGGAGAGCCAUAAACCAAGGCCCUGCCCUGAGGACGGCUCUGAUACCCCCCUCGAAGACAGGGCAGCAGCCACAGCCACAGCCACAUCACCAGGACCGUAA